GUUAUGAGCCCAAGCGCUCAGGGCUUGGUGCUGGCAAUGGAGGGCGAGUCGCAAGGCCCCAGUUAUGGUGCUGUCGAUAGUGGUGGUGAGAUUUCAACUGGAGAUCGAAGCAGUGCAAUGAUGAAUGGUGUUGGUGGUCCUCAUCAUCAGCGGGCCCAACUGACCCGGGAGUCAGUUGAGCCCCCUGAUGGUGUCGCUGACCCUGGACGCACAGCUGGUUGUCAGAGCGAUGAUAUUCCCACCGGAUCGGCCGAACACAUCGGAUCGGGCGCGGCGACGACUAACGUGGCACGUACGAACGUACAAGGAACGGGUGCACCGGAGCAUGAACAAGCAACCAUGCAAGCAAUGACAACCCCUGCAGCAGCCGUAGCAGAGCAGCAGCCUUUGACGAUGGAGAUGGCAGCCUUGCCCUUGGCGGAGGUGACUGUGAAUGCCCAGGUGAGUCAGAUGAGCUUCUCACCUCCAGAGGAACUCAGAAUGCAGGGCUAUGACAAUUCGCCAAGGUCUGCUGGAAAUGGGGUGGUUUGGAUGGCGAGACUUGGAGAGUUCUUUCAGAGGAGGGUUACUCAAGCAGGGGCUCUUUUCGAACGAUCAGCUCGCCAUUCUCCAGGUGUACCAAGCCCUGCACUCACUCCGCCUCGAGCCUGGAGUCAGAAUCAGUCCCGACUCUUCUCUCCUGAGGCCGAGCAGAUGAUGAGCUCUUGGCAACGAAGGGCUCCACUUCUGCAUCCCCAGCAGCCUCAGAGGGAGCAGGAGUCUUCGAGUGGGUCUCUUACCCAGGAACAAGUUCUGGCGGAGGUGCAACGGCAAGUUCAGAUGGCGAUGAAGGACCAUCGUGAAGAAUUGGAGCAGUCCAGGACACGACAAGAGGCCCUGGAGUCUGAGAAUCUUCGUCUUCGUGAAUCCCUCCGUGCUGUGGUUGAAGCAAGGGCCUCAGAGCAGAGUGUGACUUCGGAGCCGGAGGUGGUGAAGCCAGGCCUUGGAGAACUCCCGAAGCUGCCGGAGGUGUCAGAGACAAGUGCAAUAGAUGUGGGGGACUGGCUUCACAGCCUCACGAUGGGUGACUUGUCCAACUCAUCUUCCACGUGGUGGCAGGCCAUAUCGUCAUCCCUUGAGAAGUACUACAUGGCCUACCUUGGAGCUUCCACCCGAGAUCGCCUCAAUCUCCGUCCUGAAGUGUAUGCUUUGGCGGAAGUUGGAGACAAUAGAUGGGCCCGAGUGGAUAAGAGAGCUGCCUCGAUGAUUUUGGCUAGCUUGCCUGAGUCGGUGAAGAAUGAGAUCCUGGCGGCUCGAUUGGUGGGCACUCUUCAGAUCUUGGCGAGGGCGGUAGUGCUUUACAGGCCAGGAGGAGCAGCUGAGAGGCAGCAGAUCCUCCGCGCGCUAGAGUCACCAACGGCGGCAACCAACCCGACAGAAGCAGUCGAUGUUCUUCGCCGUUGGUCAAGAUGGCUUCGUCGUGCUGGGGAUGUGGGCUUGCAACCUCCCGACCCUAGCAUCCUCCUGAAGGGCCUGGACUCAUUGGUGAAGAAGCCAUUGGGAGACAGCAUGGAGAUCUCGUUCAGGGUGAACAUGCUGCGAUACACCUUGGAGGUAGAUAUGAAGCCUACCCAAGCAGCCGUGGUGGAGCUCCACCAGGCCCUCCUCUCCGAGUUCGAACAGGUGGCUUUCAAGGGCAGAACAAGGGGAGGGGCAGCUUCCUUGAAAGAACAGGGAUGCAAGAAGGGAGCGAGCUGCCAGUUUUCCCAUGAGGUGGACAAGAAACAGAGGCAAGGUAGAUGCUUCACUUGUGGCUCCAAAAUGCACAUUCAGAAAGAAUGCCCAACAAGGGCGAGGAGUCUCCCCAAGGCCCCUGCGCCUUCUCUUCAGAAGACCAACGUGGGCGAAUCGACUUCAUCCACGACCACCUCAGCCACAGCGACGACUAUGAGUGCCGAACCACAGUCUGGGGUUUUGUCCAGCAACUUGGGUGGCACCAGCUCUACCCCCUCAGCGCCCUCCGAGGCUUCGACUGAAGUGCAGGCUCUCUUGAAGGAAGCCAACAUGAUGCUGCGACAGAUGACUCAGAUGAACAUGAAGGCACUUCGGUUGGCAGCAGUGGAAAAGGAGGCGGAGAUCCGGACGGGGCUCCUGGAUUCAGGAGCAUCGCAUCCCUAUCGCCUAGGGACAGAGGAAGAGCUGGAAUCUGCAGUGGAGGUACAAGUGCAGCUCGCUGACGGAAAGGAAGUGGUGUUGCGACAGGCCUCAUCGGGAACUUUGCUGACUAAGGAUGAGAAUGCAAGCCCCAUAGUUCCUCUUGGAGACCUCGUAUCGAGCUUGAACUGCAGCCUGGAAUGGAACGAGGAGGGCAUGACGAUCCAGCAUCCGGAACGAGGAGAGAUUCGGCCUCGCAUGGUGGAAAAUUGCCCCGUUAUCAAUGAGAAGGAAGCCCUUGAGUUGAUCCGAGACCUGGAGGAGAAGAAGGGCAAGCUUAUGGCGGCAACUCGUAUGUCGGCAAAGACUCUGUGGAUGUGGGAUAAGGAGCUGGAAUGGUCUCAGCACCUGCUCGAGUUCCUCACCACGGGAUCGAGGGUGGCGCAACUUCGGGCGAUUGAGUCUGAGGGAUCCCCCUUUCGGAAUCUGUCGUCAGCCAUCAAGGCCACCCUGGCGGAAGAGAUUUCCUUGGACGCCAACACCGGAGCCAAGUACUUCAAGGCGAUGCCAGUGUCACGACGACUUCGAAGAACGUUGCUGGCUACACCUUGGACCCUACACCUAUUUGCUGGAGAUGGGGGUCAUCGGGAACUCCACACGAUGGGACAGGUUCUGGAGGUGGACUUGAGGAUCUCGAAGGCCUUCAAUCUCAGGAAGCCAGCAGGGACCUACCGGGCGCUUUUGUGGGCAGCUUCUCAGGGUCUGUUGGAUGGGAUUGUCGGGGCACCACCAUGCCGAGGUCCAGAGGAUGAGGAGUUGGUGGCGAAGCAGUUGUGGUUGUCCCUGGUAGCGAAGGCUGCAAGAAUCAUGAGGGGUGGCUUCCCAGUGUAUGUGGCUAUGGAAGGGGGUAAACUUCUGGGAGAGGUGGAGAAGGGCAAGGACGGCUUCAUGAGGAACCUCUCGGAGAUCUUUGCGAGCUACAAAGAAGCGAUUUGCCUGGAAACCAUAACGCCUGGGAUCCUCUCCAACCUCCAUGUGCAGAUGGCUGAAAACGAACCCAGGACGAAGAGACCUGAGGAUGUGCAACGAGUUAAGUGGAUGAUGAAGAUGGAUAACAACCCGCAGACCUUCCUCAAGACCCUGAGCACUAAGGAGCUGGCUAUGUGGAAGGCACACAUCCGGAACAACCACCUCCCAUACAAUCGCCGAUGUCGGACCUGUGUGGAGUCUUCUGGGUUGGGAAGGAUGCAUCGAAAAAUCAAGACUCCAAGCUCAUACUGCCUGUCUCUGGAUAUCCUGGGUCCACUACGACAACUUGGCGAAGAUCCAGACCAACGGGAUUACCGCUACAUGCUCGUGGGAGCAUACUUGUUCCCGAGGGAAUCAGGAGGAGGUGAGUCUAUAGCGCCUGAGGCUGUGGACACUCAGGAAUCACCAGAAGAACCACAGAAAGAAGACCAGGCAGUCGUGGAGGAUGGAGUCACCGAUUUGGGGCAUAAGUUCCACCCGCAUCUACGUGGCGAAUUUCGAGAUGGUGGCGUCGGAAGGGAUGACCUAAGUGGGGAUGCUUUCUUUGAGGAGGUUCUCGGUCUAAGCCAAGAAGCGGAUGAUCAACCUCAGGAGGAGCACUUGGCGAAGGGUCCCACCGACGAGGAGUUCAUGAAGAUCUUUGCAUCAGAAAUUGGUGAUGGCGAGCCGGAGUUCGAAGUGAUCUAUAUGGCAAGGGACAGGCCCCCUCAGAGCAAUGGCCGAGCUGAGUCAGCGGUGAAGUGGCUCAAGAACCAGGCCAAAAGGAUCUUGACCUCGACCUCACUGCCCCGCUCAUGUUGGACACUUGCGAUGACCUACGCUGCAUGGGCACAAAGGGAGCGGGUGAUGGGUCGAGGUGAUCAAGUCCUUCCUUUCGGAUCACGAGUCCAUGUGCGGAGCAAGGUCUAUGGGACGGGCGGGAAGUUUGACCUCAACACCAGGUGGACCUCUGGAUACUAUGUCGGGCCAAGUGUUGAUGUUAGAAAUGGACAUGUGGUUCGCUGCGACAAUGGCCUGUACCUCACCUCACAUCAACUAGGCAGUUGUAACGAGGAGGAAGUAGUGAUCCCCGUGGACCCUGGACAUCCGGCUGAGGAGUAUGCGAGAGCUCUCAUGGGGGAAGGGGUCCUCGAGAAGGAGCAGAUCGAGACCUUGGCAUCCAUGUUGCCCUUGACCACGAAGGCUCCGAGGCGAUUUGGAGAACAGGGUGAUGAUGGAGGAUGUUGGGGCGCUGGAACAUAUGUGCAUGGAGGAGUCAUCGGGGUGAGUAACACCACGAAGGCCUUUCCAUGUACGACGGCUGUCUUGGCGAAGUACAUGCGACAACUGUUUCCAGAGGUCAGCUUCUCGGCCCUGUUUAUCAGCCAGAACAUCAAGGCCCAAGCGCACAAGGAUGUUCAUAACGUCGGGAUGAACCUCAUUGCACCCCUCUCUGUGUUUGACGGGGGUGGUCUUCUCAUGGAACCGAAGGAAGGUGAGUCCUACGUGUUGGAUGUUGCUUCAGGACCGGUUCAGUUUGAUCCACGUGUCAAGCAUACGACGAUGCCUUGGACGGGUUCUACAAGAAUGGUGUUGGUGGGGUACAACACGAGAGGAGCCAGUAAGCUUGAGCAGAAAGACAAGGACUACCUCCUCAAGUUGGGCUUUGUGAUCGACCACCGACCUCUUCCUGAUCCCAUCUCCGGGCCACCUGUUGGGAGGCCGAGAAUCGCCAAGGCACGACCGUUCACAUCCCCAAAGGAAGAUCGCCCCGGUUGCCCUAUUGAACUUCGUCCUCUUCAUGGAACCAAUGAGGACCUGGAUCUGGUGCUCAAGGACUUGGAUGAGCGAGCUCUACGACUUCGAGACCUUCUUGAGGAGGAGGAAGUCCUGGCCGAGGAGUACCAAAGGAUGGGCCAAAUUAGCCGAGAUGCCCUGAACGAUGCCAGGGAGGAGGUUGUGAAGUUCCUGGAGGAAACACGAGAGCAGAUGGUGGAAAUUGACAGGGCGAAAAUGCUGGGAUGCCUACGAGUGGCCUCGAUGGCGACCGCCGGCACAGAAUCCGACGAUGUGGACUACGAGAAUCUUCUGCAAGAGUUGGAAGGGGACUUGGAUGUGGUUCAUACUGUGCCGCUCGUGCAGGUGAAAGCAGUCUUGCAGAAAUGGGUGGGAGCCAUCAAGGAGGAGGUAACAGCCCUAUUCUCGUCAGGAACGGUGUUCGGCAUAUCGCUGGACGAGGCUCGCACCAUGGAGGCGUCCGGCGACCUGAAGGUGGCACCAGCGAAAUGCGUCUUUUCGCUCAAACCUCCAAAGUCUCGAGGAGGAAAGUUCCGAAGAAAAUGUAGGGUUGUGAUAUGUGGAAACCACAUCGACCCGUCCGACAUGAGCUUGUAUGCUGGAGGCACGAGCACGGAAGGACUACGGGUGGCCUUGGUUUUCUCAGCGCGAAACCACUGGCUGGGUGCGAUCUCCGACAUCACCACCGCCUUUCUCCUUGCAACGUGGCCUGGCGACAUGCCCAAGUAUGCGAUGAGACCUCCAAAGGUGGUGAGAGACACAGGGAUCGGGGCCUCCGAGAUGUGGGUGAUAUCUCGCCCACUGUACGGACUGCGAGAAAGUCCGGCUACAUGGAGCAACUACAGGAAUGCUCGCUUGAAGGGGGCAAGGAUCAAGUUCGGCGAUCGCAUCCUCUACCUCAACCCGGCCCUUGGAGAGUCUGAGCUAUGGUUGGUCAGGGAUCAGCAAACUGGACGACUGGAGGGGCUGGUAGUCACCUACGUUGAUGACCUGUUCUACUUCGGCCCGACACUGCUGAUACGAGCACUUCACGACUUCAUACGAGAAGAAUGGCCGACCUCGGAGCUGGAAUGGGUUAACGACAAGGUCGCGGUGAGGUACCUUGGAGUGGAGGUUCUGAUGCAUGGCAGCAGCUACAGCAUCAGCCAGCAUGCAUACAUAACCGAACUGUUGCGCGCCCACGACAUGCACGAUGCACUGCACGCUGAGCUGCCAAUCCCACGAGAAUGGCUGGAGAAGGUGGAGCUUGAUGAAGAUGGAACCGAGGAGUUCUCGGAAGAGGAGCUUCGCUUGGCUCAACGAUAUGUUGGAGAAGCUUCAUGGGUGGCCACGAAGACUAGACCCGACAUCUUGUUCGUGGUAAAUCAAAUGGCGACGAAUGUGUGCAGAAGGCCUUUGCAUGUGGCGAGGUUGGGACGGCGACUACUUUCCUACUUGGCUGGAACUGCGGAACUCAGGCUGAAGUUGACACCUCAAGACGACAAGCUGGGUGAACUGGUGUGUUUUAAAGAUGCAAGCUAUGCCCCGUAUGGUGCCAGGAGCUUUGGAGCAGCCGUCAUCACCCAAGAUGGGGCCCCGAUUGCUUGGAAGGCUGGCCGGCAGUCGUUCAUCACCUUGAGUGUGAUGGAAGCCGAGCUAUAUGCGGCUGUGCAUGGAUGCAAUCUGUUGGAAUCGGUGGCCUCGAUCGUGGAGGAGUUAGCGCCCGGCGAGUAUGAAAGAAUACUGGCCGUUGACAACACGAGUGCUGUAGCCAUGUGCAAUGGUGGCCAAGGGUCGCAAAGGACACGACACUUGAAGAUUCGUGCAAAUUACAUCAGGGAAUCCGUCGCCCGGGGCACCCUGACAGUGAGACAUGUUGCUGGGGCGCAGCAACUUGCAGAUUUGGCGACCAAGAUCAUGACAAGGUUGAGGCUCCGCCAACUCCUGGAGCUAUGGGGCUUCAUUGGCGUCAAGAUUGCAGAGGGCCUGGCGACGAUGCAGCUAAGGGUUUUGAGCAUUAUCCUGGUGAUAACUCCGACGACUGGGGCUAAGGAUGUUGACUUCGAGAAGGACGACAUCCCCAGGGUACAAUCCUUUGAGCUGAUCGUGAUCACGUUGUUGGCGUGUAUAUCUGCGAUUGCAAUCUGGGAAGCGGCGAAAGGGGUUCUCCGCUGGUGCAAGAACUACAACAAGAAGCUGAAGAAGGAGGAAAGGCUGGAGAGAAUUAGGGAUGUAGCAUCACGAGCUGCGUCCCGGGAGGUGGCUGAGGCUGCUCAAUUCUCAGGCCUGACCCAGGAGACACCAGCAGCACCGGAGCCCUUGACGACACCGAGGUCUUCUAUGAGACGUAGGAGACCGUCGCCACAACCGAGCCCAGAGGUUGCAUCGGUUACCUCGGAUGCACCCACGGAAGUCCGAGAUUUCGCUGGGGAUCGCCAACAAGCAGGGACAUGCUGA